AGCGUCACAAAUUUCCAGCGCCUUCAAAGUUGAAGUUCUGCUUAACGAUUUGAUGCGCCAAAGCUCAGAACUCGAUCUUCGACGUGAUUAGAGAUGUUGUGCUCAAUAUCCGGCGAAGCUCCACAGCAUCCAGUCGCUUCCUCGAAGAGUGGCAAUGUCUAUGAGAAGCGCUUGAUCGAAACUUAUAUCGCAGAGAACCAUAAGGACCCUGUGAACGGAGAAGAGUUGGAGAUUACAGACCUCAUCGAUCUCAAGUCCUCGAGAAUAGUCGCUCCUCGACCACCGACUCUCACAUCCAUUCCCUCUCUCCUCUCGACCUUCCAAAACGAAUGGGAUGCCUUAGCUCUCGAGUCUUUCAACCUGCGGCAACAGUUGCAGCAAACUCGGCAGGAAUUGGCUACGGCGUUGUAUCAGCAUGAUGCCGCAGUUAGAGUCAUCGCCCGUCUGACGAGGGAGCGCGACGAGGCUAGAGAUGCGUUAUCAAAAGUGACGAUUAAUGCUGGUGGCGCGAGCAAUGGGGAUGCCAUGCAAAUUGAUAGUCAAGGCCUUCCAGACGAGUUGGCAGCGAAGGUGGAUGCCACUCAAGAAAAACUUUCCAAGAGCCGCCGAAAGCGGCCAGUGCCAAAAGAAUGGGCUGACGCGGAGCUCAUUGAGAAAUUUGGCGUUGCGACUACUUCCAAAGCUUUAUAUCCUGGAGCAAAAUCUCUUGCUGUGGACGAGGCUGGCCAAUUAGUUGUCUUUGGUGGAAAUGAUGGUGUUGCUGGAAUCUUUUCUAUCCCUGAAAACAAGGUGGUGGAAUCAUUCAAGGCUGGUGCUGCUGUGACAGAUUCGGUAUGGUUUGGCAACCAACCAGUUGUUUCUACUGCUUCAGGGGCGGUAAGGGUCUUUGGGGACAGCGAGAUUUCAUUCGCAUCACAUGCAGGGAGUGCAAACGGCUUGGCGCUGCAUCCAAGUGGUGAUAUUCUUGCUUCAGUCGGAGUCGACAAGAGCUUCGUUUUCUACGAUUUACCGGGAGGUAAGGCUGUUACUCAGGUUUACAGCAAUUCAGAACUCACCACUGCUGCAUUCCAUCCGGAUGGGCAUCUAUUUGCAGCUGGAGGCACUGACGGGCAGAUCAAGCUGUUCCAUGUCAAGACAGGCGAAAAUGCUGCAAACUUCGAUCUGGAAGGCCCCGUACAGGAUAUUGCCUUCUCAGAAAAUGGCAUCUGGUUUGCAGGUGUUGCGAAAGGCUCCAACAGCGUGGUUAUUUUCGACUUGCGAAAGGAGGGCAAGGCUGCGGAAGCCAAGGUGCUCGAAAUUGGUGGACAGGUUGACAGCAUCCGAUGGGACUACACCGGCCAGUAUCUGGCAGCCUCCGGCCCCCGAGGCCUCACCAUCUCACAGUAUACCAAGACAUCGAAGUCAUGGUCAGACGUCAUUAGCACCGCUGUUCCGGCUACUGCAGUUGCAUGGGGACCAGAGGCAAAGACCUUGAUCACGGUCAACGGUGAUGGUGUUAUAACAGUACUUGGAUGAAGAUGGGAUUUUAUGGAGUUUGGACUUUGACAUUCUGGCUUCUGACAAAAGCAAAUCUGGACAGUCUCUCUUGCAUGUAAUUCUAGAAAGCAAGCAGGACAGGAGUGAGAGGUGAUGCACUGGGAAAAUGAAUGAAACUGUUGCACGUGAAUGCUCGGAUCCUGAACCAGGCAGUAAUGUGUGAAUGGGAUGUGGAUUGACUCAAGUAAUGGGCGACUCAGCGGGAGGCGAAGAUGCCUCGUCCUGCCUAUGGUGCUGAAAGAAAUUCGGGGUAAACAAUAGUUCGUAAUUUGCGGUUCUGCGACGCUUGUUCCUUCUAUUUUUGAUCGCCGCUACAGGGAUUUUUGGAGCUUUGCGCCUGC